UGUAUCAUAACAUUUGCUUCAUUGUUCGGUGAAUCAUUAUCAUUCAAACAUCCAACUACCACCCAACCAACCAAACGUAAGUAUAGGACAAUCACUAUGAGUAGCCGCUUCAAAAAACCAUAUUGUUAAUUCCAUUUCCAAUUUUGCUGCAAAGUCAAUACCGAACCAAAUUUGGGCGGAGAAAUUUAUGCAAAUUGAUCUGAUCAUGCACACUUUUAUUCCUCUUUCAUAUUUAAACCCUCUCAUUCAUAAACCACUUACCACAAAAACAACACUUGUUAUUAUUGUUAACAAUAGUAUCAAUGGAAACUUUUUCUUUAGAUCAGCUUCAAUCCUUUUCCUAUCUGGGUUCAUCUUCUUUUAAUCCUAGAAAAAACUCUUGUUUUGCAUCAAAGUUGAAAAUUUGGAGCAAACCCGUUUCUCAGAUUUGUUCUUGUUCCCAACCAAAGAAGAGAAAUGAGUUUGAUGAAAAGGUGCUAGUUUUGGAAGAACCUCGGAUGCUAAAAAGGGAAUCUUUAUCCCCUUCUGGACUAUGUAGUCAGAUUGAGAAUUUGGUUUUGAGUAAUAAGUAUAGGGGGGCAAUGGAAUUGUUUCAAAUGUUGGAACUUGAAUAUGCUGAAUAUUAUGUUGGUGCUAGUACUUAUGAUGCUUUGAUCAGUGCUUGUAUUGGUUUGAGAUUCAUUGGAGGUGUUAAGAGGGUGUUUAAUCAUAUGAAAAAUAGUGGGUUUGAGUUUGAUUUGUAUAUGAUGAAUAGGGUUUUGGCUAUGCAUAUGAAAUGUUUUCUUGUCCACGAUGCACGGAAGCUGUUUGAAGAUAUGCCUGAAAGAGAUUCGGGUUCUUGGAUGAUCAUGAUUGGCGGAUUUGUUGACUCGGGGGAAUAUUCUGAGGCUUUUGAGAUGUUUUUGUGUAUGUGGGAAGAGUUUAAUGUUGGAAAAUCUCGCACUUUUGCGACUAUGAUUCGCGCGUCUGCUGGAUUGGGAAAUAUUGAGAUUGGAAAGCAAAUUCAUACAUGUAUUUUGAAAAGGGGAGUGCAUGGAGAUCAAUUUGUAGAUUGUGCGUUGAUUGACAUGUACAGCAAGUCUGGUAGCAUUAAAGAUGCUCAAUGUGUUUUUGAUCAAAUGCCGCAGAAGACAACUGUUGGAUGGAAUACCAUUAUUGCUGGCUAUGCACUUCGAGGUUAUAAUGAGGAAGGUCUUGGUAUUUACCACGAGAUGCGUGAUAGUGGUGCUAAAAUCAACCAUUUCAUUAUUUCAACAUUAAUAAGAAUUUGUGCGAGAUUGGCAUCAUUAGAACAUGCGAAACAAGCUCAUGCUGCAUUAGUUCGCCGUGGUUUUGGCACAGAUUUGGUGGCAAACUCACAGCUCGUUGACUUCUAUGGCAAAUGGGGAAGGAUGAAAGACGCUCAACAUGUUUUUGACAAGAUGCACCGCAAGAAUGUCAUAUCUUGGAACGCAUUGAUUGGUGGAUAUGGUAAUCACGGGCAGGGAGAAAAGGCAGUAGAAAUGUUUGAGAAAAUGCUUCAAGAAAAUGUGAUUCCAGAUCAUGUCACUUUCCUUGCUGUUUUAUCUGCUUGUAGCUAUUCAGGAUUAUCAGAAAGGGGUUGGGAGAUUUUUCAGUCUAUGAGUACAGAUCACAACGUUGAGCCUCGAGCAAUGCAUUAUGCAUGUAUGAUUGAACUAUUAGGUCGAGAGGGCUUAUUAGACGAUGCUGUUGCACUGUUAAAAAAUGCUCCUUUCAAACCAACUCUAAAUAUGUGGGCAGCAUUGCUGACAGCAUGCAGAAUGAACAAGAAUUCGGAGCUCGGGACAAUUGCAGCCGAAGAGCUUUAUGGUAUGGAACCUGGAAAGAUCUGUAAUUAUGUUGUGCUUCUGAAUAUAUACAACGCUUCUGGCAAAUUGAAAGAAGCUGCUGGUGUUUUGCAAACCUUAAAGAGAAAAGGUUUAAGACUGCUUCAGGGACGUAGCUGGAUCGGACCAUAUGCUUUCCUUUGUGGAGACAAAUCUCACAAGCAAAUGCAAGAAAUAUACAAAAAAGUGGACAGCAUGAUGGUGGAGAUAUCAAGGCAUGGUUAUGUUAUGGAGAAAAAAAUGUUGCUACCAGAUGUGGACAAAGAGGAACAAUGUGCUAUGAGGUAUCAUAGUGAAAAGCUUGCAAUAGCUUUUGGUAUCAUCAACACUCCAGAUUGGUUACCUUUGCAAAUUACACAGGCCCAUCGUGUGUGCGGUGACUGCCAUAAUGCAAUCAAACUUAUAACCAAGGUUACAGGACGUGAAAUUGUGUUAAGAGAUGCUAGUAGGUUUCACCAUUUUAAAAAUGGGAGUUGUUCUUGUGGGGAUUAUUGGUGAUGACAAAAUUGUUUUGUUCAAGCUUUAGUUGCCUGUUAGCUUCAAUUUACCAUGUGGAUUUUGUAAGCUGAAGAACAAAAGAAAUUACUCUAUAAUUUUCUGUCGAGGAAGCUCAACUGUAUCCAUCACCUUAUAUUUGAUUCUUCGUAUGCAUUGGAUUUUUCUGCUAGAUUGCUAUCGUUUUUAAAUUAUUGACUCAAUGUUUGUAUUUUAUUUAUUAUUUGUUUCGAAAGUGGGAAUGGGAACAGAGCAAGUAUGUUUUGGAAGCACCUCAUAUUGUAUAAUAAGUGGACGAAUACAAUGAAAAGUAGCUCAUUUAUGGAGGCCAUAGCCUCAACUA